CUCAUGCCAGUGUCAGCAGAGGACAAGUUUUUUUGGGGUCGGCUGCAGAAUUGUCUUGUUAAUCCCAUGGAAGUAGAACUCCCCUAUUUUCAAAGGGAAUUUUAAAUGAACCAUGAGACAGACAUGUAAAACUCGCAAAGGACGAAUGCAGCAUUUAAGUUGGAAUAUCUAGGUAUAAAGAAAUCGGUACUUGUUGAGAAGGAUUUGUUUCUCUCAAACAAGAUGCGAUUCUUUACGCUGCUUUGCGGGCUUAUGUGCUGCUACACAGUCCUCGCUUCGGCAACCAGCGUUUUACUUGAUGCUGAAAUAGUUGACAACGCCAUGGACGAUUUAUUAGAGGAUAUAAGGUUUAAGCGAGGAGCUAAAGAUAGGAAAGGCAAAAAAGAUAAACAAGGUGCAGGAGUUCUACCAACAGCAAACAUGUGUUUUACCUGCAGCAACACGAAUAAUCCAAUAGAUUGCCAUACCCAGAAAAAAUGUAACCCCAAGAAUGACAAGAACCCAGAGAUCUGCAGUUUGACUUUCACUAUAGACAAUAAUAAUGACACAGUAACAUAUCAAGAGUUUGGCUGUCAAUCUGCAAAGAAGUGCAAGCAGGGAGCAGACACGAUCAGGUGCUCUGUUAAUAACAAAGUGAAGCCGCCAGUGACCAUUUGUUCCGGGUGUUGUACGGGCGACCUCUGCAACCGUAAAGCAAAAUUUCAACCGGACGAUAAAAUGUAUGGACCGGAGAUGCCUGUAGGCGAAUGCUACAGAAAAGGAAAGAGGGGAACAGGGGAGUGUGUCACUCGUGCGCAGGCGGAAUGUCUGAAUGGAAAAUGGUGUCCCGGUGGAAGUGGUUUAUACCACUUGAGAAAAACAUCUAUUAUUCCAUGUGAUAUUUGUCCUGGAGAUCUCGUCCCGGAUGACGCGGACAACAUCAUACAAGCUGCUGGAACUAACGUCUUUUUAGUAGGAAGUAGUAGUAAAAGUAGUUCGAAGAGAAAAAGCGGGAGCAGCGGAAGCAGAAAAUCGUCAAGUAGAGAAAGUAGACCAGAAAUCAUUCCUAGAUUCUAUGGUAACUGCGGUCAAUGGUCAAGCUGGAAUAGUUGUGAUGUCUUAAAGUGUACUAAUAAACGUUAUAGGAAAUGCCCCAAGGCAUGUGACGGCAAUGAGUUCACCAGUCGGCGUUGGCGUGGUCAAUAUGGAGCGAAAUCUAGACAGAGGUACUAUAAAAAAAGUGGAAGCGGCUCUAGCAGAAGGAAACGGACGGCCACGGCUCCUUGGUGGUACGCGACGCAGUGGAUAAGGCGAAAGAGUAGCGAGAGUGAACGAAGAGAUAGUAGCGCUGGCAGUAGAGAAAGUUCGAGCAGUCGACGAAGUAGUGGGUGGCAAUCUAGCGCUGAACAUGAAUGCUUUUACACCCAGAGUCAAUCCCGACGAUGUCCUACUGGGUGCACUGGACCAACUCCAACAGAAUGGAGUCGCUGGGGUCCAUGUGACACAAUCGAUUGCAAAUCCCGGCGAGUAAGAUACUUUCCAAAGUUAUGCGACGACCCCAGGUUACGUGACAGAUCCCCAGCUUCGUCACCUGAGAGUGACUUCACUAAUGAUAAAGACAGCGAAGAAGAUUGCGACAGGAGUGGACGUGGAAGUAGUAAGGGAUACGGAAGUGGAAGUAGUAAAUAUAAAUCCAAAUGUAGUAAAUCGGGUAGUGGAAGCAGCAAGAGAAGUGGAAGUGGGAGCGGGAGUUCAAAAACUAAAUCCAGCAAGAGCAAGUCAAGCAAGAGUAAAUCGAGUAGCGGAAGUAGUGCUGCAAGUGCUAGUAGUGAAGAAAUAAGGUCCAGACCUGACUUCAACCUUCCUUCUGGAUAUAGAGCACCACCUUAUGUUUGUUGGGAUAGAGAAUUGGAUACACGAGACUGCAGUCCCGGCUCUUGUAGACCUCCACCUUGCGAGGGCUGGGGUCAAUGGAGCCGAUGCUCCUCCACAACUUGUGAACGACAACGCCGACAAAGAUGCCCAAUUAAUUGUCAAUUCGGAGGGUCACCGGACGGGAAUUUACCCGGUGAUAUCAUCAAGCCAAUUCCACCGUUCGCCAAUCGGUACCCGGAUGAAAGCAGAUUUGACAUCACUAGUGAGGAAGAAGCGAUUAGCAGUAGUGAGAGAAACAGCAGAAGUUCGAGAAAGAGUAGCAAGUCAAGCGGCUCGAGCAGCAAAAAAGAUAGAUCAAGUAGUAUGCGGAAAGGAUCUAGCAAGAGUAGUGGGAGUGGAAGCAGCGGUUCAUCUCAAAACAAAGACUCAAGUGGCAAUUCGGCGAGGGCAAGGUAUUUUUUCAACAACAGGUUAAGACAACUUCGUUGGCCCGUUGCAGUAGAUAAUAAAUUCGAUGGAAUCGACGACCGGGAUUUUGAAAGGGGUACCCCAACCAGUCCACGUCAAUGUUGGUCUAUACGAAUAGAGACUGAAAGCUGUACAGAUAAAUGCAUUGGGAAUGGGUUUUCUAACUGGGUUGCGAUAUCCCAAUGUAGCGCCUCUUGCGGAGGAGGAAAGAGACGUGAACGCCGAACAUGUUCCAACCCUACAGAUGGACCCAGACAGUGCCAGGCAACUGAAGAACGAUUAGUGGCUUGUAAUACAAAUCCAUGUAUAAUCGAGAGGAAAUGUCCUUACCGAAUGCCACCACUCAAUGGUAGAUUUUCCGGUGGAAGUUCGCAACCAGAUAGUCAAAAUGAGUACAGCGUCGGGAAUUUUGUGAGAUUUGAGUGCAACCCUUGUUAUACUAUUGCAACGAUGCCGGGAUCGUCAACUCCAAUGGCUGAUUCUGCGUUAUGCAGAGAGGAUGGUUCGUGGAGCAAUCCCGUUCCUAGAUGUGAUCCUCUACGCUGUACACCGAUUCCUGCUCCAGCGAAUGGGCAACGAAAUCCACGAUUCGGGAACAAUGAAUGCAAUGAUAUCGUGGAUUAUAGUUGCAAUCCUGGAUUUGAGGAACAAGGAACUAGAGUAAGGCGAAUCCAAUGUAUCCAAGUGGGAAAUGGAGCAGAAUGGGAUAAAGAUCCAUUGACGUGUGGAGCAAAAUGCAAUAUGCGAAUGCCUCCUAUAAACGGUAGAGUUGAUGAUGCUAACAGCGACCAGGCAGAUAAUCAACAACAGUUCUCUCCUGGUGAUGUUGUGAUAUAUGAAUGCAAUCCUUGCUACAAAAUAAGGACCGUUGGAUCACAACCAGAGUUCAUAGUCAAACGCACUGAGUGUCAGGAAGGCGGGCGUUGGGACAAACCUGUACCAACAUGCGAACCACUUCAAUGUCCUAUUGUGCCUGUUGGCGAGGGGGUGAUCCAAUUGGGCAGCAACAACAAUUGUGGUGAAUCUAUUAGUUACCGAUGUGAACAGGGCUACAUACCAUCUGGUGGACAACAGACAGUAACAUGUACUCCAAGAGGCAAUUUGCCUCCCUCUUGGAGUGGUACCCCUUUGACUUGUACACGACCGGAAUGUCCAAAUCCUAUGCCGUUUGCGCCGGAGAAUGGAAGACGUGAACCUGUUGGGACAAGGCCAGGGCAGACGUCACCAGAACCUUAUACACCUGGUGAUCGAAUUUACUACGAUUGUGACAGAUGUUAUAAUAUAAGGGAUGCUAAUGGUAAUAGUGAUAAGAAGUUUAUUCUCUGUGAGAACACUAAACAAUGGGAUGAUCCAGUGCCAACAUGCGAAAGAGUUACUUGCCAACCUCCACCACAGCGACCUCGCAAUGGAGGAAUACAGAACCCAUCCGGUGACUGCGGCUCAACUACAACAUACACUUGCAACGAAUGUUACAGACCGGUUGGCCAGACAAGAAGAACAUGCGGACCAGAUGGAAAUUUCGUACCCCAAGCUGAACCGACUUGUCAACUUCAACAAUGUCAGAGAGUACAAUCACUAGCCAAUGGACGUAUAGUGUUCCAAAAUACAGAUUGUGGAGGUCAGAUACAGUUCUUGUGCAACGAUGGCUUUACCCUGAUAGGCAGUGAACGACUAGAAUGCGAGGACGAUGGACGAAAUGUAAAAUGGUCCGGUUCAGUACCAACGUGUUCCGCACCACAAUGUCCAGAACCAAUGCCAUUUGUUCCAACCAAUGGUAGAAGAGCCGGUAACUUCAAUCCACCAUAUGAUGUUAGAGAUAGAAUUGUUUAUGCUUGCAACGAUUGCUAUGAGAUUGAUAGAGAAGACAGGCUUGGUCGCAAAGACCCGGAUAUAGAAUGCCAGAAUGAUGGUACUUGGGAUGACCCAGUUCCCGGAUGUAAAAGGAAAGAAUGCCUCCCCGCACCCAGUGCUCCUGCAAAUGGCAAUGUGAGUCCAUCCAAUGCGGAAUGCGGUAGAAGUGUGACGUACACCUGCAACGAAUGUUACAGGCUCGCUGGUGGCUCACCAACUAGAGAGUGUACAAAUAAUGGAUGGUCACCUCUUCGACAACCAACAUGUCGAGUGAUCACUUGUCCAACGCCACCUGCCCCGCAGAAUGGUAGAAUCGUGAGACAGACUGUAAACUGUGGCCAAGAGAUAGAAUUCGCAUGCUUUAACGGAUUUGAUCUUGUUGGCAGUAAGACGCUAACGUGUCGAGACACUGGUGGACCCAUAGGAGAAUGGGACGGAGAUGUCCCAGAGUGCCAAGCUGGUGUAUGCGAGGAACCGAUGCCAUUUGCACCCGUAAACGGAAGGAGGGAUAACCGUCCCGGAAAAACUGACGAUCCACCAUACACUCCAUUUGAGAAAAUUUCAUAUGAGUGUAAUUCAUGUUACACUAUCGCACGCAAUCGUUUCAACAUUGUUGACAAGGACAUCAUGUGUCUAACUGGUCUUGAAUGGGAUGGUCCUGUUCCCACAUGCGAAAAGAAGGUUUGUGACGACAUAUUCCCACCUACAAAUGGAGAGAUCACAAAGAGAGAUAUUGAAUGCGGAGGUGAAACAGUGUAUGGAUGUGAUUCAUGUUAUAGACUUACUGGAGCAAACCCCAGGCAAUGUACUGAUAAUGGAUGGGCUACACCUCCACCCCAAUGUCAGCAAUUAUUCUGUCGUGUAUUGAGACCACCUACAAAUGGGCGUAUUACUGGAUUAACUUCCUGUGGUAGUGAGGUUGAGUUUACAUGUAACGAUGGAUUCACUCUUGUUGGAAGGCAAUCAUUGCGAUGCACUCCAACUGGUAGUGGUGAAGUCGAUUGGAAUGGUCAACCACCUACAUGCCAAAGUUCUGGAUGUCCAAUACCGAUGAAUUCUCCACCUGUAAAUGGAGCUGUUGUCCAGCGACCAAAUUCAGGGCCUCCAUAUUCAGUUGGUCAAGUAUUCAAGUUUGAGUGUAACGAAUGCUUCCGUAUUGCACGCAACAGAUUUGGUCAAAGGAUUGACCAAAUACGAUGUCAAGCCAAUGGCGAGUGGGACAAUCCUGCACCAACAUGUGAACAGUUGAGAUGUGAAGAUAUCAGAUUUAUCCAGAACGGCAUUGUAACUGAAAUAGACAGAUUAUGCAGGACCAAUACCUCACCAGACAAACAAGGAAAAGCAUUUUACGAAUGUGAAAUUGUGGAUGGGGUGCAGUAUGUUCUUCAACCAAAUCGACCGAACGUUUGCACUGAAGGACCAAACAAAAUAGCAGACUGGGAUAGGAAACGAGAAUGCGUACCUAGAUUGACAGAUCUGGAAUGCACUCCACCAGCGAAUUCUCCCCCUGUAAAUGGAAGAUUCGUUUCUGGAAGACCCCAGUCUUCUUAUGCUGUUGGUAUUAUUCUUCGAUAUGGCUGUAAUGCCUGUUACAGAAUCUUUGCCUCUGGAAGAAACGAUCGCGAUGACGACAUUGCAUGCCAGGAAGUCAUCAAACCCGGUGAAGUCUUAAAAACAGCAGAUUGGGAUUCACCUACUCCUGUUUGUAACCGAUUACGAUGUAGUGCUAUAACGGCCCCAACAUCAGGUCGGCGUAUACCAUUUUCUGGAAGUGAGCAGUGUGGUGAUGAAAUUCGAUUUGAAUGCAAUGAUGGAUUCAACCCAGAAGGGGUAGACCGCAUAAGAUGUACACAGACAGGUCCAUUUAAAGCGGAAUGGGAUAAUAAACCACUUAUUUGCAAAAAAGUGGAAAUAAAAUUCUGCGAAGCUCCUCUACCGUUUGCACCACAAAAUGGACGCAGAGUUGCAGGUAGUGCUAGCCAACCGUAUGAGCCAGGUGACGUCAUUAGAUACGCAUGUAACAGAUGUUACAAAUUGUCAAGUUCCGGACCAUUGGGUGGUGGUGGAAUUGAUGACGACAUCGAGUGUUUGAAUAGUGGUGAAUGGGAUGGUGUCGUUCCAGCUUGUGAAAAAUUACAAUGCUCGGCGGUCACACCACCUGAAAACGGAUUCAUAGUAUCAGCUGAUCGAGAGUGUGGUGGCAAAACGAGGUUUGCCUGCAAAGAGGGGUACACACUCUCUGGAGAUGCUGAGAUAACGUGUACCGAAAGCGGUAACUACGACAACAAUCCUCCAACAUGUUCCAUGGAAUUUGGCAUUUGCAGAGCUAGUGGCGAUCCCCAUUACAAGACAUUCGAUGGGGCAGCUAUACACUUCCAGUGUGCCUGCCUCUACUUAUUAUCCGGAUCUAAACCCGGUCCAUGGAACCAAUGGAAGAUUCUAGUUCAAAAUGAAUACCUGAAAGGCAAUUUUAUUGGAUCGUGGACACGUUAUGUUGAAAUUCAGUACAAUAAUCUUGAAAUCAGGCUGCUUCAAGGAGCGUUGGGCAAAUCGAAGGACCCUGUAAAUUCAUUUGAUGAUCCAGUUGCAGGUGGAUUUAACGUUCAGGUUGAUGGACUGAGGGUUGAGCCAAGUACGAGACUUCAAAAUGGCGAUAUUGACAUUUAUCUAAAAGGAUUGUUUGUAUGUGUUGAAAUCAAGCCACUAAAUUUGAAAGUGAAAUGGGAUGGUUCAGCAAGAGCUCUUGUUGUUCUUGGAAAUUUCUGGAGAAACAAGGUGGAAGGAAUUUGUCAAAACUUUAAUGGGGACCCUUCAGAUGACCUGACACUACGUAAUGGCCAAUCUGUUGCUGGACAAGAUAACCCUGGAACGCAGAUUGGAAACAGUUAUCAAGUGAACAGUCAAGAUGAGUGUAAAGCCUGCGACUUGGAUGAUAUUCCCACAUGUAUCGACCAAGAUACAGUCUUUAGGAAGUGUAGCAUCCUCGGUGAUAUCACAGGCGUUUUCGGUCAGUGCAUAAGAGCAUUGUCAGAUGCUGACAAACAAUACUAUCUAGAGUCGUGCCAGAUGGACUUAUGCGUGGACCCAUCUGUAUUCUGUGAUAUACUAGAAGACUUUGGAGCGUUCUGCGCAUCUGAAUCUGGAACUGUACGCGGUUGGCGUAGUCAAACUAAUUGUCCGUUCCCGAGCUGUCCGUUCCCAAGUGAAUACAAGGAAGAUGGCUUAUCAUGCCAAAACUCCUGUGUUGAACCAAACGCUGAAGAUUCGUGUCCCCCUGGAGAGGCACCCGUAGAAGGAUGCUUCUGUCCCCCAUUUUUCGUACUGUCUGGAACAGAUUGUGUACCAUUCCCGUUUGGAUGUGGAUGUACAGAUGAAAAUGGUAUUUUCAGACCGAGAGGCUCACGUUGGCUCAAUGAUGAUUGUACUAUCAUGAACAUGUGUCUUGGAACUGGAUCUGUCAACACCCGGCCAUGGCAGUGUAGAAAUGGCCAGUUGUGUACCUUGGUAGAUGGUGCGAAUCAAUGUACCUGUCCAGCAGGCUUUACGAAAGCAAUUGACGGCUCUUGCACACCAAAUGACAUUUGUAAGACCAGACCAUGUUUGAACGGUGGUACGUGUAUCCCAGAUGGAAGUGAAGCAGGAUUCGCUUGUCGCUGUCCCACAAACAAUCCUGGGAAGAGAUGUGAAGGAACUAAUGGAGGAUGGUGUCCUGGGUUGCAGGCAGUUUUCUGCGAUCCUUGUGCUGAAAGUUCGACAAAUCUGUUUGUACGUACAUGUCUGUGCAAACGGCCAGUAUCUCCUGGACUGCCAUGCUCUGGUGACUUUGUAUAUGAAGAGCCGUGUACAGGAAUAUGUCGACCUUGUUUCCCCAACCCUUGUGAAAAUGGUGGAACGUGCAUUGAGAACGGAAAACUAUUUCAAUGUAGAUGCCCGUCUGGCUUUAGUGGUCCCCGAUGCCGCAGGACUCAAUCGCAGUGCAGUUCGGCCCCAUGUAAAAAUGGUGGUUCGUGUUCUGAGACCGUCGACCCAUUGACUGGAAGGCCUGACUUCUUCUGCUCAUGUGUGAAUCCGUUUACCGGAAAAGAUUGCUCUGAAAAUCCAUGUAAGGGUUUUGAUUGUGUCAAGAAUCAAGGAGCAUGUGUUAUCAAUAAUGGAGUUGCGUUCUGCCAAUGCUUCUUAAACCAAUAUGGUCAGCGCUACUAUGGGCGUCUCUGUGAAAGCAUUAACGGAGGGUACUGUCCCCCAAGAUUAGGCCAAUGCGAUGCAACCUGUGGCGGUGGAAAUAUUCCAAUCAUCAAGGAGUGUAACUGUCCAAAACCUGUUGGAAGCGGACAAAUCUGCCCGAAUGGACAACAAGAAAUCAGAACAUUCCCCUGUAAUAAUCAGCCAUGCCCAAUUAUUCAAUGCGGAGAUGGCGACGCAAUGUUGAUAUGCCCCACUGGAACAGCGAUAGAUGUUAUGUUUGUUGAAUACGGUAAAGGAGUUGACGAUCUUUGUGGGCGAAUUCAAAGGGGUUGUAGUGCUCGUGACGCUUUGAAUACUCUUAACAAGUACUGUAAUUUGGACAAAGGAGCUCAGUCGUGUUCAGUUCCUCUUCGUGGAAGAGAUGAAAUAUUCUAUCCCGAUGGUGUACCGAGAGGUUGUGAACAAGGACGAAGACGAUUGGUGAUCAGGUACCACUGCACCAGCAACUUCCGACCAGGUAAAUAAUGGAUCAACAAUGACAAUGUGAUUGGCGAUGGACUUGUUACUCGGACAUUCUCUCAUAUUAAUCAAUUAUUACGAUGGUUUUAUUUGUAUAGUGUCUAGACUAGAGGCCAUACCAGGCACAUUUAGCAUAGCUGUACAACUCCCUUGGUAUUAGUCGCUUUGUAGAAAUUUCUGAUUUGUGGUCUGAUUUUCCUCGUAUAACACUUAUACUUCUAGAGUGGUCUCUGAUGUUGAAAAUAUAAUAUUAUAUUUAGCUAUUGUUAUAAAUUAUUAAUUGUAAUGAACAUUAUGCAAAUAAAAUUUUCAUUCUGCAACAAUUA